CUGAAGAAAUUUUGAGAACAUUAAAAAGGACGGCAUUGGUGGACAAUACGCAGAAAGAUACUAGACGCUGACAGCACCACCAUGUGGCUUCUUUUGCUGGUGGUUUUGACACUGCUCCUGUACAGAUGGUACAGACAAAGUCAGAUACUAGAGAAUCUCUCAGAUAAAUAUGUGCUGAUCACAGGAUGUGACUCUGGCUUUGGGAACUUAGCAGCGAAACAGCUGGAUCGCCGUGGUCUAAAGGUGCUGGCUGCUUGUCUGACUGAGAAAGGUGCUGAGGAGCUGAAGAAGGAGACGUCCAGCAGACUGCAGACAGUGAUCCUGGAUGUUACUGACAGUCAGAGAGUAAAGUCUGUUGCUAAGUGGGUAGCUGAAAUUGUUGGAGAUAAAGGGCUCUGGGGUCUGUUGAACAAUGCAGGAACUGGGAUGCCAGGUGCACCUAAUGAGUGGUGGAAAAAAGACGAUUUUACCAGAGUGUUGAAUGUUAACCUGCUGGGACCAGUGGAUGUGACCCUUAAUAUUCUGCCCCUAAUCAGAAAAGCUCAAGGACGUAUUGUCAACGUAUCCAGCAUUGUAGGAAGGGUGACAAUCUGCGGGGGAGGAUACUGCAUCUCUAAGUACGGAGUUGAGGCGUUUUCAGACAGUCUAAGACGUGAACUGAAACCAUUUGGGGUUAAAGUCUCUAUUAUUGAGCCUGGGUAUUUCCAAACCCAGCUUAAUGACUUGCAGCGUAUGAAGAAUGACCUGAAGAACAUCUGGACUAAUGUGUCUGAAGAAGUGCAUCAGAGCUAUGGACGACAAUACUUUGAGGACUAUGUGGCUGAUAUGGAGAAAACAUUUUUGUCUCUAAGCAACACGGACCUCACUCCUGUGACAAACUGCAUGGUGCACGCUCUGACUGCAGUUAAUCCUUACACGCGUUACUCAGCGGGAUGGGAUGCCAAACUUUUUUUUAUUCCUAUUUCCUAUGUCCCCACUUUCCUGGCAGAUUACCUGAUGACCCGAACAGCUCCAAGACCAGCUAAUGUAGCUCACUAACAACGUAAUCAGUUCUGGUUAUUAGCUGUGCUAUAAGAAAUGUCUCUGUUCUAUGGAAAUAUAAUACAGUUCAUGUAAUUAGUUUUUUGUUUUAAUGUACUUCAUCAUUUUUGUUUACUUGAUAAACCUGUACAAAAGCCCCUUCUCAGAAGGAAUUUGGGGAUAUUAAAAGCACCUUUUCCAUGUU